CUUGGUUCAAAUCCACCUUGUAGAGCGGUCACAUUCCCGGAAAACUAGAACUAACUUAUAGCCAUGGCUGGCCGACUGCUGCGCUGCAUCCUGAUACUAAUCCUUGUCAGCUUUACUGUCUUCACGUACGUUUCCAAAGUAGGGGUAAUGGAAAAAGUCGACUAUUUUACGACAGCGAAACCUGAUGUAAUGUCAAAAAAUCCUGCAAUACAGUUAGUGGGCGAAGCGAUACGGCUAAGAUCCUUUAGGGAGCCUAUUAAAGAUUUCGACGAUGGAUUCGCCGUUCAAAUUUCAGGAAACAGCAGUGAAGGCAACAAGGAUAUCUAUACAACUAUUGAUGGCAAUAUAAAUGUUGCAGAUUCUAUUGCGGCAAUUAGAAGCAGAAGAAUUGAUGAGGAAAAGCUCCAUGAUGACGGGCUAGACUCAAAAGAUAUUUUAGCAAAGAAAUCAGUGGUAUUGUAUUCAAUAGAUACCGAAGUUCCUGUCCGAAUGCCGCUUGUGAAAACUAUCUACAAACCUGGUCACCUGGACAGUGAGAUUGAUAUGGAAAGAAUAUGUCCGCAAAAAGGGUUAUCGACGCAGUUGUUAGUUUUAAUAACCUCAUCCCUUCGGCAUUCGGCAGCCAGAAUGUCCAUACGGCAGACUUGGAUGCACUACGGCAGCAGAAGGGACGUGGGCAUGGCAUUUGUCCUGGGAAAAGGCAAAAACAAAUCGGUGAAGAAGGCCAUUGAUCAGGAGGAUUUUAUGUACCAGGAUCUGAUAAGAGGACACUUCAUAGACUCGUACAACAAUCUCACUCUGAAGACCAUUUCUCUGCUGGAAUGGGCUGAUCUUCACUGUCCGAAGGCUAAGUACGUUCUCAAGACGGACGAUGACAUGUUCAUCAACGUGCCGAAGUUAUUGACCCUCAUUAGCACGCUUAAAGCCAAUAGAACGAUCUACGGACGACGGGCCGAAAAUUGGAAACCCAUUCGAAACAGGUGGUCUAAAUAUCACAUAUCCAACGCUCAGUAUGGAAAGCCUACCUUUCCCUACUUCACCACCGGACCCGCCUACUUGCUCACUGGUGACAUUGUUCACGCUCUGUAUGUCCAAUCCCUGAAUACUGCAUUCUUAAAGCUGGAAGAUGUCUUCACCACGGGCAUUGUGGCUGAAAGUCUGAACAUCCGGCGGGUAAAUGUGCGCGAGAUGGCUAACACCCGGACGAAAUUCGAGACGUGCCACAUCCGCGACAAAAUUACCAUCCAUAUGGUAAGGAAUAACGAGCAGUUUACCUUGUGGAAUAUGUUAUUAGACGACACCAUAAAGUGUGAUAACCAGGUAUAAAGAAAAUGAAAAUUAUUUAACAAUUUUUUACAAACAAAUAGUUAUAUACGCUCAACAAAAUAAAAAAGGAAAAUCAAG